UCGCUUGAUGUUGACCUGCACGUCAGACGCACUCGAGGCAUAAAUGCUACCGUGACGUAAUGCACAAAUCAGCAGUAAUACGUUGGUGUGCAUAGAGCGAACUUUCUGCUGUGAUUUAAUUCACCAGUCAACACAUUUGCAUGCGGCGCAAAGUGUCACGUAUUUUGACGUCUAGCAGUGGUAUAAAUACGACCCGGUAACAACUGAGUCACAAACUCAAAAAACGUCAAAAAGGUGUCCGUUCAAAAUAAAUGGAUAGCAAGCAAUUUCGAGAGCAAGGAAAACAGAUCGUAGAUUUUAUUGCGGAUUAUUUUGAGAAUAUUCGCAGCCAGCGAGUCAUUCCUGAUGUUCGCCCGGGAUUUUUGCAAAAACAUCUCCCGACAGAAGCGCCCUCAAAGGGAGAGGAGUUCGUCAACGUCAAAGAGGACUUCGAAAAAUUCAUAAUGCCUGGGAUCGUCCACUGGCAGAGUCCUAACUUCCACGCAUAUUACCCAUGUGGCCAUUCGUUUCCGGCCGUGCUUGGUGAUCUGCUUUCUGGGGGACUGGGCUCGAUUAUGUUCUCGUGGGCAUCUAACCCUGCUGGCACUGAACUAGAGGUAGUGGUGAUGGAUUGGUUAGGCAAAAUGGUCAAGCUCCCAGAGGAUUUUCUGUUUGAGUUCACCAAGGACAAGCCCCACGUUGGAGGUGGCUGCAUUCAGAACACCGCGAGCGAGUCGAUACUCGUCACGAUGCUUGCCGCUCGCAGAGCUGCACUGGAUAGAUUACGUAACCGUUACCCUGACGACGAUGAUGACGUCAUCAUGUCCAGGCUUAUUGUUUAUUCAUCAGACCAGGUCCACUCGUGUCUUGAUAAGGCAGCCAUGUUAGCCGCGGUCAAGCUUCGAAAGAUACCAACAAACGAUGAGGAUCAGUCCAUGAAUGUAGUCGCGCUCGAGAAGGCCGUCAAGGUCGAUGAGGCGAUGGGGCUUCACCCGUUUUAUCUCUGUGCAUCUCUCGGUACAACAAGCACUUGCGCGUUUGACGACCUGAAGAAAAUAGGCCCUAUCUGCCAAAGGGAAUCGAUCUGGAUGCAUAUUGACGCUGCGUAUUCCGGACCGGCAUUCAUGUGUCCGGAAUUCAGGCCACUCUUAGACGGCGUUGAGUUCGCCGAGUCGUUCAACUUUAACCCUCACAAGUUGAUGCUCACUAACUUCGACUGCUCUGCUCUAUGGGUUAAACACAGAGACAUGUUAAAAAAGGCGAUGCAUGUUGAUCCCAUCUACCUUCGCAAGCGCUCAUUCAUGGGCGAGAGCAAAGUGUCUGUGUCAGAAGAUGAAGCCGCUCAAGACAAGGCGUCAGACGAGGUGAUAGAUUACCGGGACUGGGAAAUACCGCUGGGCCGAAGCAUGCGGGCUCUCAAGCUGUGGUUUGUGUUACGGACGUAUGGUCUGGAGGGAAUACAGAAACACGUGAGAAAUCAUGUGAAGAUGGCCAAACUAUUCGAAAGCCUUCUUGCUCAGGACUCCAGAUUCGAACAGGUUGCCAAAGUUGUACUAGGACUUGUCUGCUUCAAACUCAAGGGCACAGCAAAUAAAAGCAAAGCGCUGCUCAAGGCCAUCAAUAACGAGGGUCUUAUUCAUAUGGUACCAGGCGAGUUGAACGGGGCGUACAUGAUUCGCUUUGUCGUGUGCAGCGAGUGGGUGAAGGAAGAAGAUAUACACUUCGCAUGGAGCGUCAUAAAGAGAAACGCAGACAAAGUGCUGCAGGGAGGGGAGGCACGGUCUCGACAUAUGGGUGUGGCAUGAGGAGGAAGAUGAUUGCGAAAUAUUGGGGCAAAAAAGGACAACGAAAUAUGGGAGCACACAGAUCUUGUGUAAUGGAAAGAAAUAUGACGGACAACGGACAGCGACACAUUUGGGGUAGCGUAAGGGACAGAAAGAUGAUUGCGAAAUAUUGGGACAAAAAAAGACAACGAAAUAUGGGAGCACACAGAUCUUGUGUAAUGGAAAGAAAGAUGACAGCGAAGCAUUGGGACAGCGAAACAUGGGGGUAGUGUAAGGGACAGAAAGAUGAUUGCGAAAUAUUGGGGCAAAAAAAGACAACGAAAUAUGGGAGCACACAGAUCUUGUGUAAUGGAAAGAAAGAUGACAGCGAAGCAUUGGGACAGAAACGGACAGCAAAACAUGGGGGUAGUGUAAGGGACAGAAAGAUGAUUGCAAAAUAUUGGGGCAGAAAAGACAACGAAAUAUGGGAGCAGACAGGUCUCGACACAUUAAUGGAGACAUAGGAAGAUUGUAGACUUAGGUAAAUUUGAAAUUCUUGUAUAUUAAUUCUAUAAUAACCAAACAUUUUAUUUACUUAUUUAAAUGUUUUUCAGUGUUAAUUUGAGUUUUAGGGUCUUCUAAGAUAGUGUUAGGGUAGUAUUAUAUCAAUGGCGAGCAGAGUAUGAUAUAUUUAUUUCACGUUUUUUUGCUAAAAGAUAUUUUAUACAUAAUUUAAAAUGGACAACGAUUUCAUGAGAAAACAAUAUUACUGAAUACCAAAUUGUCAUUAUUGGUGAGAUAAAUAAAACAUAUUUUUUAAACA